UGCAUUGAAAUUAUAAUUUAAUUAUAUAAAAUAAAUGUAAAAUAUAAAUUCAAAACAUUAAUGAAAAGCAACGAAUAAGCCGCAAUCAAAUUUUGCCGCAAUCCAAAACGAGACUAUCCGCCGGCAAAUCGUUUAUGUUCGAAAAGGCGAUAUCAAUCAUAUCCACUUAUUUUAAUUAAUUAAAUAUAUGCGGAUGUGCGUAUGCAACUGCAUGAUUGCUGAAAUUGUAAAAAAAAAAUCCAAAAUUAUGUAAAAUAUCUCUAUUAGCAGCUAACGGAAUUUAAAGUGAUGUUAUAGUAGAUGAAACUCCAGAAGCAUUUAUAAUCAUCAAUAAAUACAACGGAAACAUUCCUUCACACAACAACAUUUAACUUUACUAAACUAUUAGUCGCAUGAUUUCAUUAAAAAGGGAUGGAUGCCUACACAUUACCAACGUACUUCCCACUGGCUUUCUUUGUAUUUCAGUACCUAUUCAGAUUUACAAUUUCUGGCUUCUCGACGAGUAGCUGCGGUGGCAGCUGCAGCAACUGUGCUGCCCCCACCUCCACCACUACCGACCUCAGCAGUGACUGCUACGAAUUCAGUUAACUCUACAAACGUCAAUUGCAUCAACACCUGUAAUGACAAUCCAAACAGUGGUACGGAUGAGUGCAAUCCUGCCGAGAGCAGCAAAUUGCAGAUGUCUCUGGACGUCAUGAACAUGGCUGCUGCUGUACACCAUCACUCGCACCCACUUCAUAACACUCACGGCGCUGUACCACCACCUACAGCUCAACCGCACGAUUUUCAUCCAGCCUACAGAAUUCCAAGCUACAUGGAACAUUUGUACUCACUCCAACGUACCAGUCCUACCGCAUCCUUUCACGAUCCAUACACAGGUUGUCCUUCAACAUUUCAUUUAACAGGGCUAACUUUCAACUCUGGUGAUUAUUUAGGUGCUCGUGCUGUUAGUUCCCUGGGUGAUCUACAUCCAGCAACGGCGGCAGCUGCAGCAGUAGCUGCCAAUUCCUUAACAAGUACCGAUUUUCAUUUGAGCGUCGAUGGAUCCCGACUGAAUAAUUCACGAGCGGGAAGUAUACGGGCCAGCAUUAGUCGGAAACGUGCUCUUUCCUCCUCGCCAUAUUCGGAUUCCUUCGAUAUAAAUUCAAUGAUUCGAUUUUCACCAAACUCAUUGGCCACAAUUAUGAAUGGUUCGCGCUCCAGCAGCACCGCUAGUGGAUCGUACGGUCACUUAUCAGCUGGUACUAUCAGUCCAGUUCCUCAUUUGCAACAGCUACAAGCCCAUUUAAUACGCGCUAGUGCUGGUUUACUGCAUCCUAUGCCAUCACAUCAAGCUGCAGCUGCCAGUAUGUUUGCUAUGGGACAUAUACACCCACUGCAAUCAGCAGCAGCUGCCGCAGCCGCUGUCGCAGCAACAGUUACAAACAAUGGUGUUGGUAGCACAAGCAACGCUGGAGGAAUGCCACAAAUCAAUAAAAAUAAUGUUAGUGACAUAGUAAAUACGCCAAAUCCAGGCACUAUCUCAAAAAAUUAUUAUGAAGACGUGGCAUUAAUAAAUAAAACUAAGCCAGAGCUGCCGACUUCAACAUCAAGUGGUGUAGCACAAGUUGAAGCGGAUAGUGCGUCAUCAAACACACUCCUGCAUCGGUGCAAAAUCAUCAAGAGUCCACUGGCACCCUGCUCUAGCAAUGUUCAGUGUAAUACAACAACACCACACAGCGACUAUGAGUGCCCCAUUGUCGACACUACCGACAUAAAAGACGAACCGGGUGAUUUUAUAGAAACCAACUGCCAUUGGCGUGAUUGUGGUAUAGAGUUCGUGACGCAGGAAGAGUUAGUUAAACAUAUUAACAAUGAUCACGUACAGACCAAUAAGAAAACAUUCGUUUGCCGAUGGAUUGAAUGUUCUCGUGGCGAAAAGCCUUUUAAGGCCCAAUAUAUGCUGGUUGUACAUAUGCGGCGGCACACGGGGGAAAAGCCGCAUAAAUGCACGUUUGAGGGUUGCUGCAAGGCAUAUUCCCGUCUUGAGAAUUUAAAAACCCAUCUACGUUCACAUACAGGCGAGAAGCCUUAUACCUGUGAGUACCCUGGUUGCAGUAAAGCCUUUAGCAAUGCAAGUGAUCGCGCUAAGCACCAAAAUCGCACACACAGCAAUGAGAAACCAUAUAUAUGUAAAGCACCAGGAUGCACCAAACGCUAUACCGACCCUAGCUCUUUACGUAAACAUGUAAAAACAGUCCAUGGUGCCGACUUUUAUGCUAGCAAAAAACACAAGGGGUCUUCCAACGAGGAUGAUAAUGGUGGUAUAGAUGGGCAUGGUAUUACCAGCAGUGCGAUUGGAUCAAAUGGUUUAAAAUCUUCCUUACAUAUGCAACUUCAUAAUCACAAUCAUCCUCAAUUCGAUUCAAGUCCUCGUAGCGAUGACAUGCACUCGGGCAAAACAAACAGCAUUUCAAGUCCAAGCAUCAAAUCGGAAUCUGAUGCUAAUUCUCCGGAUCACAGCCCCAACGGGGCAGAGGGUAAUCAGCUAUUGGUACAUAGGUCACAAUUACGUUCGACUGGUAAUAUUCGUGACAACGAAAAUUCUACUUCAGGAACCGGUUUUAGGGCUGACGAAUUUCAAUUGAGCUCUGUAGCGCCCCUUGAUGAGGGUUGGGAGUAUGACGAAGAUUUGGAAGUUGAAGAUUUGCCAUAUGUUUUGCGUGCAAUGGUAAGCAUUGGUAGUGCGGUCAACGCCGGAAAUGGUGGCUGCGGAAAUAUAAAUAGUGGCCUGGGAGGCGGGGGUGGUGCAAGCGGGGUUCUUGGUGGAACUAUGUCGCGGCAGCGUCUUCGGGGUCGAUUACAGGCAAAAGGUAUAAAUUUGGGUUCAGUGAUGUUAUCAAACAUUCCUGAAGCACGUCGAAAUGUUGGCAUAGGAAUUGGUGAAUUAAAUAAAAGAAUAAAUAAUUUAAAAAUGGAGUCAACCACUUCCCCAAUGUCGCCGCCCAGCCCAGAUAACAUGUCCAAAAUGACAGGAAGUCAUACAACUGAGCUGCAGACCCGUUUACAACAACAGCAAUUUUUAAGACGUGAUAGUCAGAAUUCCAAUGCUAGCACUUACUAUUGCAGUAUGCAAAGUAGGCGCAGUAGCCAAUCCUCUCAGGUGUCUUCCAUAUCUACUAUGAGACCAACAUAUAACAUAGGCUCUUUCUAUGAUCCUAUAUCGCCAGGCUGUUCGCGAAGAUCAAGCCAACUUUCGAAUAUAACUUCUAAUGUUUUGAGCGGCUACAGUAGUAAUUAUAAUGCUAAUGGUGGUACCAACGUGAACGCCAACAGCAAUAUUAAUAACACUAUGACCAUUGACAAAAGCCCAGCAAAUAACUUGAUGUUAAGCAAUUCAGCGACCGCUACUGAUAGUUCUCUGUGCAAUAAUAUAAUUAAAUUGAAUAGAAACAAUGUGAACAGCCACAGUUUGCCACCACCACCAUCCUCGCAUUUGAUAUCAUCACGUUUGCGUCUUCAAAACAAAAAUUAUCAGCACAAAACUCCACCUCGCGACCGUGGUCGUAGCUCCAUACCAAACCUUCUAUUUCCACAACUCAUUGAAGAACAUUGUACUUCAUGCUCACUGUUAAAAUCUUCUCAAGGACAUUUUAAGCGUCGUCAAUCUGAGCCCACAAGGACAGAAAACAAUCAUCGUGCAUCUCCUCAGCCGACUUACGUUCCAUUUGUUCCAUACAAAAUGCCCAGCAGAACUCGCACAGCUAAUAGCAUAGAUUUAGAAGACAAUCAGGAUAAAUUAAAAACAAUUAAUUGUGUUGGAGCGAAACCUAUCGCUUCAUCUCGUGAACAUCAUCCAAACGAAAGAGUUAAUCUGGACGAAGUUGAAGAAGAUGAACUUAUCGAGAAUAAAUUGGUAUUACCAGAUGAAAUGCUUAUAUAUCUUAAUCAAGUAGCCGAUAAACCAUAUUCAACUCGGCAACAGGAGGCAACAAGCCAACAGCCAUUACAAACGAAACCAAAAGAAAUAAAAGCUUCAUCGAUCGUUGAUGAUACGGCAAAACAAGCACAAACUUCCCAACUAAUAGAAAGUGAUGUUGUAAAAGCAGCGUGCACAUCAGCUUCUUCCACCAUGUAUCCAAACAGCCCCGCUUUAACUUGCGUAACACAAAACCAAACAACAAUAGGUCAAAUUAUGUCUCCUUUAUCCAAUUAUUGUGUGACGGCAAGGGAAAGUUCCACCCGCACUCUUAAUUAUGAAAUGAGUAGUCCUCAAGCACCUAAUUCAACAUACAACUACUAUCAUGCCAACUCACAAGUAGCAGAACAUCACGAUAUGGAAUAUAACUGUAAUUAUAACAAUUCAACAAAUGGCAGGAUGCUAGCCGACCAAUUGCAUCAGCAACAGCAACCGCAACAGCAAUUCGAACAUCAUUUGGCGAUUAACUACUUCCGCAUGGAGAAUUUGAAUAUUCAUUCUAGAGUACACAAUUCAAAUUUACCACACCAGUAUCAGCACCAACAGCAUUCUCAAUUUCAACAACAGCUAAAGUCACAACAAGAAAAUACAGCUAUUUGCGUCGAUUCGUCAAUGACAAGUUUACCAGAAACUACAGCCGACAGUAUUUCGAAACCUUGCGCUGAGCAGAUUACAGCAGUUGAAGCUGUGGGUGUAAAUAAUAACCUAUUUUACCGACUACCUAGUACGGAGCGACGGUUUCAGCAACAUCAGCAAAUGUUGCAAAUUCAAAGGCCAGCCUUACCAGCAUUGAGUGACCCAGUCUGCAAAUUAGCUGUUGCCGAAAUUCAAUGUGGCGAUAUCAGUCAAUCCCAAAUGUCCCCCAUAUUGGAAUCACGGCAACCAAACCCACCAACUAAAGUUAUAAUGGCAGCAAACACUACAACACAAACAGCUGUGACUACCGCUAUGACCAUGCAAUCAAUGUCGACCAAUCAAAUCCAGGUAGGCCCAGCAGUAGGACAUUUCAUAAACAACUUUCCAACCACAACAAUAACAACAGUUGCGGCAUCAACUACUGAAUUAUUUGGCAGUAGUAGAAAUAAUGGACAAAAUGUGACCUAUAUUCCAAACAACGAAUCGGUCGCUAAUGGCGGUAUGCGUUUCGAUACAUACCAACGCACACUUGAAUAUGUACAGAACUGCCAAAACUGGUUACAUACUAACGAUUCCGGCACACAUGGCAAUAGCAAUCACGACAAUGAAAGGCCUGAUUACGAGCAAAACGCCCAGCAAGCUGUUAGCAGUUCAACACAUCCCAGCAAUAAUAUGAUAAUCAAUGACAUGACAACGUCGUUGAGCUCGUUACUAGAAGAAAACAGAUAUUUUCAACUCCUGCAAUGAGUAUGAAAUAUAUACAUAUACAUAAGUAUAUUAUAUUCCCACUUAGCAAUUACUCGUGUGCUAUGUCAAAACAAAAGAUAAAUAUUUGACGGGGUUUUCUGGGCGAUAGGAAAUCCGGUAGGUCUUUCGUGUCCUCAAUGUCCUUUCUUUACCAUGCUAAAUACAUGUAUAUAUUCACAAAUUAUUUGAAAAAUUUAAUCUUUGUCUUAGCUACCACAUUCCCUCUUUCUAUAUGCGCUUAUAGAGCACAAUAGAAAUAUUUAACUAGUUUCGGUGCGUAUUUACACACCAUAGUUCCCUUGUUCAUUUUUCUUUUGAUAAAAAAACGUGUCAUUGAUGGUAAAUCAAAUGACAAGACUGUAACUGUUCAUCCUCCUGAUUGAUGAUUGUGUCUUAUUACAACAUUUUUUUGUGUUUAAAUUAAAUAUAUUAUGUAUUAUGUCAUAUAUAAGAAGAAAACACUUUGCGUUAUGUGCCGUUAUGGUCCUUUUUUGCAAAAUCACCUUCGAUUUUUUAAUCUGAGUAAAUAUAAUUCGUCACACAAUUUAUAACUCAAGAACGGCUGAACCGAUUUGACUGAAAAUUGGUGGGGAGGUAGCUUAGAAACUGGGGACAAUCGUUGCAGAUCGUUAAAAGUCAAAACAAUUCUUAUAUAAAAUAUUAUAUUUCAAAUCAAAAGCUUGUGUUCAAUUUGCGUAUAAAAAUCAAUUUUUUCAGAACAAAUUAAUAUAACUGCCUGGGUUCAAUAAUUUUUGAUUCCAUGCAUUUCGAUAUCUAUGGUUUUUACUAAUUGUUGUUAAUGAAAAAGGCGUUUUUGUUUUGACACACUAUGUGGAACAGAAAAUCUUCUUAGCAGAUGCAUCGCCAGUUACCGCGUCUACUUUGUUAGAUGAUGGGCGAACACAUAAAUUCAUAACAAACCAAACAAAACAUGUAACAUAAAAAAAUAGCGGAAUAGCUACAGUAUGAUAUCUUUGACUACAACGCAGUAAAGAUACAUAUGAUGCCAGUACCAAAGUCAACAAUCGGAGCUGCUGGCUUAGACCUAAUUACAUUUAUAUAUUUAUUAAAUAUACAUACGUCUUCCAAUGCAUUUUUGCUUCUUUAUAUGGAAGGUACUUAUAUAUUAUAAAAGCAAUUUUGUCGACGAAAAAAUUUAUAAAUUUUCAAGUGGAUAAACAACAAAACAAUGUACAAAGUAUUUAGCCGAAUUGUUUUAAGCUGAUAAUGUGCUAAACAUUUUCCACGAAUAAUUCAUUUAUAUAUAAAAUUUCUAAAAAUUCUAAAAUGUUUUAAUUUGCAUUCAGUUCUCUAUGUUUUUUAAGCAAUUAAUUAUGUUUUUACUCUCCCAAUAUGUUGAACAGCUUUGUUCUCUUAACGACGAACAUGACGAAUUGAUUUAACAAUAACUGUCUAUCCGCCAUCACCUGAGGAGCCUGAUUUUGGAAAUGGGCGCAGCCACUUAUACGUCACACAUAAAUUAUUUAAGCUGUCGAAUCCAAAUUUGUUGACAAAACCUUUGCGUGUAGCAAUGGGCCAUUUCCUAAAUAAUCCGAAAAAACUUGAUUUUCAUCUUUCUGGGCUAAAGUUACAGCUUUUCUAUAUACAUAUGUAUGUCUCAUUAAAGCAAUUGUAUCGAUUAUAGUUUGUCUAACCUAAAAUUCCUAAAAUGGAUAUCACGAAUACUAAGUAAUAUCUAUACCCUACUUUACAUACUUAAUAAAGUAUCUAUCUAACGUGAA